GGACAGAUGACCUACAACUGCUCCCAAUGUGGUAAAUGCUUUUGCAAGCAUGGCAAGUUUGUGAUACAUCAGCGGACUCACACCAGGAAGAAGCCAUACAAGUGUCCAAAUUGUGGGAAAAGUUUCAUUGCAAAUUCCCACCUGGUGAAACACCAGAGGACUCACACAGGAGAGAAACCCUUUGAAUGUCCUGAUUGUGGGAGAAGUUUCAAUCAGAAUUCCCACCUGCUGAUACACCAGAGGACUCACACAGGUGAGAAACCCUUUGAAUGUCCUGAUUGUGGGAAACAUUUCAGUCAGAAUUCCUACCUGGUGAUACACUGGAGGACUCACACAGGAGAGAAACCCUUUGAAUGUCCUGAUUGUGGGAAAGGUUUCAGUGUCAAUUCCAGCCUGCUGAUACACCAGAAGACUCACACAGGAGAGAAACCCUUUGAAUGUCCUGAGUGUGGGAAAGGUUUCAGUCAGAGUUCCCACGUCAUUGGCCACCAGAGGACUCACACAGGAGAGAAACCCUUCGAAUGUCCUGAUUGUGGGAAACGUUUCAGUCAGAAUUCCCACCUGGUGAUACACCGGAGGACUCACACAGGAGAGAAGCCCUUUCAAUAUCCAGAGUGUGGGAAAAGUUUUAGUCACAAUUCCAACCUGGUGAUACACCAGAGGACUCACACAGGAGAGAAGCCCUUUGAAUGUCCAGAGUGUGGGAAAAGUUUUAGUCACAAUUCCAGCCUGGUGAAACACCAGAGGACUCACACAGGAGAGAAACCCUUUGAAUGUCCUGAUUGUGGGAGAAGUUUCAGUCUGAAUUCCAGCCUGGUGAUACACCGGAGGACUCACACAGGAGAGAAACCCUUUGAAUGUCCUGAUUGUGGGAAAGGUUUCAGUGUCAAUUCCAGCCUGCUGAUACACCAGAGGACUCACAUAGGAGAGAAACCCUUUGAAUGUCCUGAUUGUGGGAAAGGUUUCAGUGUCAAUUCCAGCCUGCUGAUACACCAGAGGACUCACAUAGGAGAGAAACCCUUUGAAUGUCCUGAUUGUGGGAAAGGUUUCAGUCAGAAUUCCCACCUGGUGAUACACCAGAGGACUCACACAGGAGAGAAACCCUUUGAAUGUCCUGAUUGUGGGAAAAGUUUCAGUCAGAAUUCCCACCUGUUGAUACACCAGAGGACUCACACAGGAGAGAAGCCCUUUGAAUGUCCAGAGUGUGGGAAAAGUUUUAGUCACAAUGCCAGCCUGGUGAAGCACCAGAGGACUCACACAGGAGAGAAACCCUUUGAAUGUCCUGAUUGUGGGAAAAGUUUCAGUCUGAAUUCCAGCCUGGUGAUACACCGGAGGACUCACACAGGAGAGAAACCCUUUGAAUGUCCUGAUUGUGGGAAAAGUUUCAGUCAGAAUUCCCAUCUGGUGAUACACCAGAGGACUCACACAGGAGAGAAGCCCUUUGAAUGUCCUGAUUGUGGGAAAGGUUUCAGUGUCAAUUCCAGCCUGCUGAUACACCAGAGGACUCACACAGGAGAGAAACCCUUUGAAUGUCCUGAUUGUGGAAAAAGUUUCAGUCAGAGUUCCCACCUCAUUGGCCACCAGCGGACUCACACAGGAGAGAAACCCUUUGAAUGUCCUGAUUGUGGGAAAGGUUUCAGUGUCAAUUCCAGCCUGCUGAUACACCAGAGGACUCACACAGGAGAGAAACCCUUUGAAUGUCCUGAUUGUGGAAAAAGUUUCAGUCAGAGUUCCCACCUCAUUGGCCACCAGAGGACUCACAUAGGAGAGAAACCCUUUGAAUGUCCUGAUUGUGGGAAAAAUUUCAGUCAGAAUUCCCACCUGUUGAUACACCAGAGGACUCACACAGGAGAGAAACCCUUUGAAUGUCCUGAUUGUGGGGAAAAUUUCAGUCAGAAUUCCCACCUGGUGAUACACCAGAGGACUCACACAGGAGAGAAACCCUUUGAAUGUCCUGAUUGUGGGAAAAGUUUCAGUCUGAAUUCCUACUUGGUGAUACACCAGAGGACACACACAAGAGGGAAACCAUACAAGUGUCCAGAUUGUGGGAAAUGUUUCAGUUACCGUUCUACCCUGGUGAACCACCAGAGGACUCACAGGACUCACACCAGGGAGAAACCAUAUGAGUGUCCAGAUUGUGGGAAACGUUUCGGAGCAAAUUCCCACCUGGUGAAACACCAGAGGACUCACACAGGAGAGAAACCCUUUGAAUGUCCUGAAUGUGGGAAAUGUUUCAGUGAGAAUUCCAACCUCGUGAACCACCAGAGGACUCACACAGGAGAGAAACCCUUUGAAUGUCCUGAAUGUGGGAAAAGUUUCAGUCAGAAUUCCAGCCUGGUGAAACACCAGAGGACUCACACAGGAGAGAAGCCCUUUGAAUGUCCUGAUUGUGGGAAAGGUUUCAUUGUCAAUUCCAGCCUGCUGAUACACCAGAGAACUCACACAGGAGAGAAGCCCUUUGAAUGUCCUGAGUGUGGGAAAAGUUUCGGUCUCAAUUCCAGCCUGGUAAAACACCAGAGAACUCACACAGGAGAGAAGCCCUUUGAAUGUCCUGAAUGUGGGAAAAGCUUCAGUCGGAAUUCCCACCUGGUGUUACACCAGAGGACUCACACAGGAGAGAAGCCCUUUGAAUGUCCUGAUUGUGGGAAAAGUUUCAGUCAGAAUUCCCACCUGCUGAUACACCAGAGGACUCACACAGGAGAGAAGCCCUUUGAAUGUCCUGAUUGUGGGAAAGGUUUCAGUGUCAAUUCCAACCUGCUCAUACACCAGAGAACUCACACAGGAGAGAAGCCCUUUGAAUGUCCUGAAUGUGGGAAAAGCUUCAGUCGGAAUUCCUACCUGGUGAAACACCAGAGGACUCACACAGGAGAGAAACCCUUUGAAUGUCCUCAUUGUGGGAAACGUUUCAGUCAGAAUUCCCACCUGGUGAUACACCAGAGGACUCACACAGGAGAGAAACCCUUUGAAUGUCCUGUGUGUGGGAAAAGUUUCAGUCACAAUUCCAACCUGGUGAUACACCAGAGGACUCACACAGGAGAGAAACCCUUUGAAUGUCCUGAUUGUGGGAAAGGUUUCAGUGUCAAUUCCCACCUGCUGAUACACCAGAGAACUCACACAAGAGAGAAGCCCUUUGAAUGUCCUGCAUGUGGGAAAAGUUUCAGUCAGAAUUCCAGCCUGGUGAAACAUCAGAGGACUCACACAGGAGAGAAACCCUUUGAAUGUCCUGAUUGUGGGAAAUGUUUCAGUGUCAAUUCCAGCCUGGUGAAACACCAGAGGACUCACACAAGAGAAAAACUCUUUGAAUGUCCUGAGUGUGGGAAAAGUUUCAGUCAGAAUUCCAGCCUGGUGAAACACCAGAGGACUCACACAGGAGAGAAACCCUUUGAAUGUCCUGAUUGUGGGAAAGGUUUCAUUGUCAAUUCCAGCCUGCUGACACACCAGAGAACUCACACAGGAGAGAAGCCCUUUGAAUGUCCUGAUUGUGGGAAAGGUUUCAUUGUCAAUUCCAGCCUGCUGAUACACCAGAGAACUCACACAGGAGAGAAGCCCUUUGAAUGUCCUGAGUGUGGGAAAAGUUUCAGUGUCAAUUCCCACCUGCUGAUACACCAGAGAACUCACACAAGAGAGAAGCCCUUUGAAUGUCCUGCAUGUGGGAAAAGUUUCAGUCAGAAUUCCUACCUCAUUGGCCAUCAGAGGACUCACACAGGAGAGAAACCCUUUUAAUGUCCUGAUUGUGGGAAAAGUUUCAGUGUCAAUUCCUACCUGGUGAUAUACCAGAGGACUCACACAGAAGAAAACCAUACGAGCGUCCGGAUUGUGGGAAUGAUUUCAGUAUUUCGUGUAACCUUUACACACAGGAGAGAAACCUUUCCAAUGUCCACCUUGUGAACAAUGCUUUAGGCUUAAAUCAUCUCUGAUUGUUCACAAAAUAAUGCACAUGUAGCAAAUAUUGAACAGUUUAGAGAAAGCUUGAAAUUCAUUUCUGAUCUCCCAUUCGGAGUAUAGAUGAGAAAUUGAUUAUUUAAAUUUUGGCCUGAUUCUUUUUAGUCAAGAGAUCUCAGGAUUAGACCUGUAGGUGGAGAGAGAAAAAUGGAAAAUAUUAGUUUGAUAAAGGCUAACUACCUGUUUCUGAUUAUCAGCAGUACUUUCUGGAUGUUUGCAUUUACAGAAGUCGUUCUGCAAACAGGCCUUUGGGUGGUGUUUUUUGUAUUUUGAUUAUGGAAUUCCGACAUGUGGAGUUUCAGCUUUCUAUCUUGGUGAACUCCAGAUUUUGAACCUCACAAUUUCCCAGCCAGCAUACAAGUAAUCCUCGAGAUACAACUGUGAUGAGAAGUAACUAUUAUGGAUUCAUUUAGCAAUGGCGACAGUGCUUUGAUUAACUAACCCCAUCCCAUGCUGUCUGUUAUGCAGCUAUUAAAUGAAUGUGCAAGUUGCUAAAUAGGACACUGGCUACCUCAGUGUUCGGGAAAACUCUCGGAGGCUUAGUCCAGGCCCAGGCUUCCCCGCUUCCCCCCAGGCAACCCUAGGACUCCUCCACUCCCCACCAGACACCUAUUGCUCUGGUUCCCAACCCUUGAUUCCCCCAAGGCAUCCCUUGGCCUCCUCCAUCCCCACCCUCAAGACAGCUAUUGCUCUGGUUCCCAACCCUUGAUUCCCCCAAGGCAUCCCUAGGCCUCCUCCAACCCAACCCCUAAGACAUCUAUUGUUCUGGUUCCCAACCUUGUUUCCCCCAAGGGAGGGGUGAAAUGCUACCGGUUUGCUCCGGUUCGGGGGAAGCCCCCCCCCAAGCCUUCCCACAGAGUAACCCCCUAGGCCUUUUCCCACUCCCCCUGGCUCCCUGCAGGCCUUAGCGCAUUCUGUCACGUGGCCUUCCAAUUACGAUUACACCUUGCAGCAGCUGUUUAACGAGACUGCUUUGCUUAAUUGCAGACUUAGGCUUUCCUUCCAGAGGCCUCCCAUAACCCAUCUCUUAGGUCUCCCCAGGAAUUUCCGUCCCUCCCAGAGUCUCCCCAGGCCUCUUUCAUAAAACAGGGUCCCUGUAGUCCUUAGGUCGAAUUCCAACUCUACCAGGCCUUAUAGAGACCUCCUCUUUAUCUGAACCUUAUAUUGGGGAAGGAGGGUAGGACAGAAAUCUCUCAGCUGUAUGACUAUUUCAUGGAAGCAGCCGUUAUUUUCACUGUGCCUGGGAUUCAUCGCUGGGCCCUGAGGUGGAUUUGUGGAAGUGGCUGCCAUUUUGCCACGACUGCCUCAGGACCAAAAUGGCGGCUGCUUCUGGGUCAUUGUCAUGCAGGAGAGGGAGAAACUGCUCUGUUUCGCUACCUUAACACUGUGCAGAAAGCCUUAAGGAAUUGUGGGUGCAACUGAAAAUGAUGGCUGCUUCCAUGAGAUCUUGAAAAUUUACCUGUGAAAUAGUGAUGGGCUUGUGGGGAGUAGGCCCGAGGCCCAGUGAAAAAAAGCAGUGUAACAUUUCAAAUGAAAAGCUUUUCUGCCUUGCAGAUGAACCUGGUGGAGAAGAGCUGUAGGAAUACUGAGUUGAGGAGAAAAGGGAUCGUGGCAUUAAUCACAAGAUCUCCAUGUUUAUUAGCAACUCCUGCUGUGAUCUCCUUUUCUUGGAAAUGCCUGCUUGUUACCCUUUGAUGGCUGCUGGAUGACAGCACCACCAUAUUGCUGACGUACGUGUUUCAUCCCCCUUUGAGUUGGUGAUAUGAGGGGAAAAAAUGUACAAUGGAAAACGUUUCAUUUUUAAAAAUGCAUUGUGUAAGAACAAGUCUUUUGACAAGGAAUAAAUGGGUAGUGUCAGUAUUGCUAUGAAUAGUUUGGUAAGGCAAGAUGCUCAGACUUGCCUCAAACUGUGAGAUGGGUAGCGAAUAAAUUUAUUAAUCAAUACAUUUAAUAAUAAAAAGGUAAGAUAAAAAUCUUUUAUCAACUUUUGCUCAGUUGCAAGGUCUCCACACAUAUAGUAGUUUCUAACAAACUACCAUUGUUCUUCUUGUGCAUUCUGUAUCUCUACGACCGAUCUGUCUUCCUCAGCUUCCCCUCCCUCCUCAAUGUAAAUUUAAGUUUCCAAUUUCAAUAGUACACCAGUCCAGCCACUCUUUGUGGCAUUUUUCAAGUAUCACUAGACAGAUUUCAAGGGUUUUUUUAAAAAAUUAGUAUUAUUAUGAGGGGUGCACCUCCUUAUCCAUAAGGUGUCUCCUUUUUUUAUUUUUACUAUGCUAAUAAUGAACUUUUCUGAUUCUGGCAUUUUCCAGCUCUUUCAGGAGGGGAAAUACAGGGAGAAAAAAUGUUUAAACUACAUAGAAUUCUCACCUCCUUUUGCCUCUCAGCAUCCUUUCAACAAAACAACCCUCUGCAUUUCUCUCUAGCCUCAACAACUCAGACAUUUUCCACAAAUUUAUCUCUCACAUCCUCAACACACAGGCAUUCACAGGUCUCAGGAUCACUUCGCCUUAUCAUUCCUUAUGAGCUUAGAUUCUGAAGCCAUGAUGUUCUUCUUCUGCCUGGAGCUCAUUUGCCUUCAAUCCUUCCCUGGAGGAUUAAAUGAAAUGUGCCCUAUUUUUCUGGAUGUCGCAUCACAUGUCCGAAAUAUCCCAACUUUUGUUUUUUUAAUUUUAAUGGUUUUUUUUAAUGAUAUAAAUAGGUGACUCAAAAGAUUAGCCAGAUUAGCAUUGAUCCUCAUUACUUAUUUUCCAAGGGUGUGUCAUCAACAUUUCAUCAAAAAAGGACUAUGGGAUAAUGUAUAGGAAUUAAUGGCUAAAGCUAAAAUUUCAUGUUCAUGGAUAUUUCAUGUUCAUAAAUUUUUUGGGGUUUUAAAUCUGAGCCAAUUUAUUUAAUUAUUUUAAAUUUUACAUUGUUGUUUUGUCUGUGUUUUUAAAUAGGCUGUACACCGCCCUGAGUCCUUCGGGAGAAGGGCGGUAUAGAAAUAAAAUUAUUAUUAUUAUUA